AUGGCAAGGCUGAGGUUUGUGUUAUGUGCAAUCCUAAUCCUUCUCAACACAAUAAAUAGCAAUGCUGCUGGGCCUAACCAAAAGACCCUCUUUGUGUUUGGGGAUUCACUUUUUGAUCCAGGAAAUAAUCAAUACCUUAACAGUAGCAUGACAGUGCCAUCAACUAGAUGGCCUUAUGGAGAAACCUACUUCAAGAAUCCCACUGGAAGGUUCUCUGAUGGACGCCUAGUCCCUGAUUUCAUAGCACAAUUUGCAAAUUUGCCUAUACUUGCACCUUACUUGCAACAUGGUGCCGAACAAUUCAUACAUGGGACUAAUUUUGCAUCAGCUGGAGCUGGAGUCCUUGCUCACAAUGAUUCAACAAUCAAUCUUUCAACACAAUUGAACCACUUCAAGGCUGUAGUGAAGUCACUAAGACAAAAACUAGGUGAUAAAAAGGUCAACAGAGUUUUGAACAAUGCUGUGUACUUGUUUAGUAUGGGAGGCAAUGAUUACUUCAGCCUUCUCAACCAAAACCUCAAUGUCACUCAGUCAUACCAAACCCAAUAUGUCAAGAUGGUGAUUGGCAGCUUGACCAAUACACUGAAGGAAGUUUAUAUUCUAGGAGGCAGAAAAAUAGCAUUUCAAAACGUUGGGCCUUUGGGUUGUGUGCCAAUUGCUAGAGAAAGGAACCCUCAAGUGGGUGGUAGCUGUGAUGAAGUAGCAUCAGCAAUGGCAAGACAACACAACAAAGCUCUAUCUGUAGCACUGAAGAAAUUAGAGAGCACAUUACCGGGAUUCAAGUAUUCGAUGUUUGAUUACUAUAGUGCACUUUUGGACAAAGUUAACAACCCUUCUAAAUAUGGAUUUAAGGAAGGCAAGGAAGCUUGCUGUGGUCAUGGAGCAUAUGGAGCAUUUGGGUGUGGAGGAGGAUUCAGUGGGAAAGAAAAUUUUGAGGUAUGCCAUAACACUGCUGAAUAUGUGUGGUUUGAUGGAGCCCAUACUACUGAGAGAGCAAACCGCCAAUUAGCAGAGUUAAUAUGGAAUGGACCACCAAUGAUUACGGGACCGUACACUGUGAAGCAACUAUUUGGAUAUACAAAAUAG